AUGACAACGCGGAUCCUCAGUCGCUCGCGGCCCGCAGCCAUUCUGAGCACCAUCGCUGCCGCAUCGCUUGCCGCCGGCAUCACCACCAAGUUCCUCAUCCAAGAUACUCGCGCCGACUCGCGAGCCUCGCCGCCAAAGGUCUUUGGAAGCGGACCGGCGUUCUUCUCGCUGCCGCUGGAGAGCGCGGACAUGGUCAACCACAACACGCGGCUGCUGAGGUUCAAGUUUGCCGACAAGGAGGCUGUCAGCGGAUUACCCGUAAACUCGUCGGUAUUGGCCCUGUCGUGGCCGGAAGGGAGAUGGUUUCCAGUCAUACGGCCGUAUACCCCCAUCAGCGCAACCGAUGAGCAAGGGCACCUGGACCUCAUGGUCAAGCACUACCCCGACGGCAAAUCCAGCACCCAUCUGCACAAGCUUCAGCCGGGCCAGUCCCUCUUCUUCGUCGCCUCCCUCAAGGGCCACCGGUGGAAAGCCGACUCCUUCCCGCACGUCACUCUCAUUGCUGGCGGGGCCGGAAUCACGCCCAUCUACCAGUUGACGCAGGCCAUUCUGCGCAACCCCCAGGACAAGACGGCCGUGACUCUGGUUUUUGGCGUCAACAGCGACCGGGAUGUCCUGCUCAAGGAGGAGUUCCAGGACUGGGAGAAGAAGUUCCCCGGGAGGUUCAAGGCCGUAUACACGGUGAGCAACCCUGUUGAGGGAUCGCCGUACAGGAAGGGCUAUGUGACCAAGGACCUGUUGAGAGAGGUGACGCCCUCGCCGGCAGGAAGCGAGACGAUGGUGUUUGUUUGCGGGCCGCCGAGCAUGGAGAAGGCCUUGGUCGGCGACGGGAGGAGACGUGGGAUAUUGCAGGAAUUGGGGUAUAGAAAGGACCAGAUUUGCCAGUUCUAG